UUCCGGACUGGCCCGAGGAGGAGCGCGAGGAGGGGCGCGCACGGGAGGAGGAGGAGCGAGUGCCCCGCCGGCCGAGGUACAUUGAGCUGGACGUGUGUCCGCGAUGCUGCCCCACCCAGUGAUGUCCUUCCGGCGCCUGCUCUGUGCCAUGGCCUCCCACCGGCCCGCCCCCUUGAGAUGCGGAGGAAGCAGCCCCCUGCACACGGCCCCAGCCACCUGUUCUGACAGGAGUGCCCCUGUGUUCACCCGCGCCCUGGCCUUUGCAGACAGGAUUGCUCUCGUUGACCAGCAUGGCCACCACACGUACAAGGAUCUUUACUACCACAGCCUCCGCCUGUCCCAGGAGGUGUGCCAUCUCCUCGAGUGCGCUGGCAGGGACCUCCAGGAGGAGAGGGUCUCCUUCAUGUGCUCCAACGACGUCUCCUACGUGGUCGCACAGUGGGCCUCGUGGAUGAGCGGGGGCAUUGCUGUCCCCCUAUACAGGAAGCACCCCCAAGCUGAGCUGGAGUAUUUCAUCCGGGACUCCCGGAGCUCUGUGGUCCUUGCCGGCCAGGAGUACGUGGAGCUCCUGCGCCCACUGGUCAGGAAGCUGGGGGUCCCGUUGCUGCCUCUCCCGCCCACGGUCUACGGUGCGGCGACCGAGGAGCCUGGGGAGUGGGAGGUGUGGGAGCGGAACUGGAGAGACCGAGGCGCCAUGAUCAUCUACACCAGCGGGACCACAGGGAGGCCCAAGGGUGUCCUGAGCACUCACCACAACAUCAGGGCCAUGGUGACGGGGCUGGUCCACAAGUGGGCAUGGAGUAAAGACGAUGUGAUCCUCCACAUCCUCCCGCUUCACCACGUGCACGGCGUCGUCAACAAGCUGCUCUGUCCCCUCUGGGUGGGGGCCACCUGUGUGAUGCUCCCCGAGUUCAGCGCACAGCUGGUUUGGGAAAAGCUCUUAGGUUGUGAAACUCCACGGGUUAAUGUAUUUAUGGCAGUGCCUACAAUCUACGCCAAGCUGAUGGAUUAUUAUGACAGACAUUUCACCCAGCCUCAUGUCCAGGAUUUUGUCCGUGCAGUUUGUGAAGAGAAAAUUAGGUUGAUGGUUUCGGGAUCGGCUGCCCUGCCCCUGCCUGUGCUGGAGAAGUGGCAGGACAUCACAGGCCACACUCUGCUGGAGCGGUACGGGAUGACGGAGAUCGGCAUGGCCCUGUCCAACCCCCUGACCGCCACUCGCGUGCCAGGUUCUGUGGGGACCCCGCUGCCAGGCGUCGAGGUACGCAUUGUCUCAGAAAAUCCGAAGAAGGAGGGCUGCCCCUAUGUGCUCCACGCGGAAGGAAAUGAAAAGGAGACGCAGGUGAUCCCAGGGUUCAAGGAGAAGGAAGGGGAGCUCUUGGUCAGGGGGCCAUCUGUGUUCCGCGAAUACUGGGACAAACCAGAAGAAACGAAGCAUGCCUUCACCUGGGAUGGCUGGUUCAAGACAGGCGACACGGCUGUGUUUAAGGACGGCAGCUACUGGAUCCGGGGCCGCACGUCUGUGGACAUCAUCAAGAGUGGUGGCUACAAGGUCAGCGCCCUGGAGGUAGAGCGGAUGCUCCUGGCACACCCCAGCAUCACAGAUGUGGCUGUGAUUGGAGUUCCAGACAUGACGUGGGGCCAGCGGCUCACUGCAGUGGUGACCCUUCAAGAGGGACACUCGCUGUCCCAAAGGGAGCUCAAAGAGUGGGCCAGGGGCGUCCUGGCCCCGUAUGCUGUGCCCUCGGAGUUCCUGCUGGUGGAGGAGAUCCCACGGAACCAGAUGGGGAAGACCAACAAGAGGGACCUCGUCAGGCAGUUCUGCCCAGGCGACCAGGGUGCCCCGAGGCCAGGCACCAGUGAGCCGGCAUCUCUUUAAACUAGAACCCUACCUCAGAGGGAACCGAGCUGGGGCCGACAGAGGUGAGGUCCCAGGGCGAGACCUGCUCAGCCCCGGGCUGGCUUUCAGAUGGACCUCUGCUCCGUCCCCCCACCGCCACACCCACACUGGCGCCAGGCGGGCCCCACAGUGCCCACCAGUAUCCCCCAGGCAGCAGGUCUCCCAGCAAAAUUCAGUAAAGUCUCUGCAGAGAACACAAGCAUUGCCGUGGGGUCCGCGUGCCAGGCAAACAGCCCCAUAUGUGUACGCAUCACACAGCCUCGCAUCCACACACAUACAUGCUGGCUCCCUGAGGGCAUGACCCUUGGCUGGACAGCCCCAUGCCAUCCUGCACUCCACUCCCCAAGUAGAGCCAGGAACAGGUGCCCCGGGAGUUGGCCAUUGGCGGCUUGGUUAGCAGCCCGUUGGUGCCUUUGGUCCCCCUGGAGGGGCUCCUGCAGAGGCGUCAGCCGCCCUGAGGCUGAGCCUAUUGAAGGCGGUGGGCACAUCCAGGGUGCCUGGGGGUGCCUGCUGGGAGCAGAGGGGAGGCCGCGUGCACGCCUGGUGCAUCCGGAUGGUGGAAGUCCACACCCACAAGUGCAGCCCCAGGGCAGCCUCGUUUGCACCUCAGUUUCCCUAUUCGUGUCAUGAGACUGGCCUUUCUGGCUCUGACCAAGGACUGAGGGCUUUGCUUCCUUGGGAGCCCAGUCCAUGGAGGUGGAGGCCCCAGCAUGGCCCCCACCCAAGACCUCCUGGCCCCCCCAGUUCCGCCACGGGCAGUGCCAGACAGCACUGAGGCUGAUGGUGGGACUGGGGCAGCCAAGGGUCAGCACAGGUCAGGCUGCCAUGCACCCACCGAUCACUUCCAUGUCCACUCUGGCAGGCACGCUGGCCUCAUGUCUAACACCCUAGUACCACGUCAACAGCGCAGGGUCCCCGAUGGUCAGGGACUCACCCAGGCCCACAGCCAGCCCACGGCCCCUGGUGGCCAUGUUCAGAUUCUCUGUGUCUCCCCUCUGUGCCCUGGGCCUCCCCUGGAACCUUCCUCCCAGGAUGGACACCCGGCCAGGAGUCCUUGGUGCUGGGCCCUCAGUGUCAGGACAGAUGCCCCUUGUGUCGGGUGGGGGCCUGGGAUGCCCCUGUGUGUCCCUGGGACCUGCGGGAGGAGCCGGGCAGCCAGAAGCCGGGAUCAGCUUUGACGGCAGGGCGGGCAGGAGGCCAGCACAGGGCAUGCCAAGGAGAAGGGUAUGGGCUGGGUCUCCGCAGACCUGGUGGACACCCUGGAGCUGCAGCAGCAGGGCCGUCCCCUGGGGGCCAGAGCCAGCGGGCGAGGGUCACCGCGGGGCCCUGACCGUGGACAGUAACCGGGGGGCCAGAGCCAGAGGGUCGAGGGGACACUCGGCUGGCCGUUGCCGGCCUGGUUGAUGGAGGGAGGGGCCAUGGGUGCCUGGGAAAGACGAGGAGACGGAUCCUCCCCUGGAGCCUGCAGAAGGACGUAGGCCUGUGAUGCUGUGAGCCUGGCUCAGGAGGCCUGGCCGGUCUUCCGACCUCCAGCGUGAGGGGACAGGGUGUGUCUGGCCUCCAGGGUGCAGUGGCUCUCCCAGCGGCCUCCUUCCGGCCUGUGUCACCAGUCUCCCCUUCACUGGUGUCCUAGGAGGAAGAAAGGGGCCGUUGGAGGUGCUCUCGGACCCUGUCCGGCAGUCUCUGUGCCGACUCCUCUCCUGGCCCACGUCCUGAGGACUCAGCCCCUCCACCCCCCGUCACCGUGACCGUGAGAGAUGCAGAAUGUUGGAAGCGGGUCUGGCACGGGAACAGAAGGGUUGGGGCAGAGGUCUCCAGCAGGGCACGUGGGGGCCGGCCGGCUCAUCCCUGUGGACACCAUCACUCCGCCAGGACGGGAGGCGCCAGUCCGUCCUUAGCCCUUACACUCCCCUUCUAACGCCUCCCAGCAAUUGCGCUUCCCUUCCCUCUUCUGGGUCCCGGGUUGGGGACAUUUCCAUGGGGAAAGCAGCUCAGCGGGCGGCCAGGGCCUGAGGGCAGAAGGAUUUGGUGGAAAUCACAUUCCUGAAGGUCCCUCCUUAUGCUUGGUGCAGGCCACAGGCUUGGCAAGGGGGUAGAGCUUAGCCCUCCUCCCUGAACAGGUGGGUCUUCCAGGUCCUUCCUGGUCCCCAUUCAGGGGUCCAGCCCCAGAACCCGGGGUGCAGGAACACGAGCUUGGGAUGGCAGGGCCAGGCCGCAUCACAGGGGUAGGGCCCUUCCUGCAAUGUGACCACGGCAAAGCACAGAGCAGAUACCAGGAGGGCAGCUCCCACCUGACCUGGUCUCCCCUGGGACCGUGCAGCCCCUCCGCGUGGUGCUGGGGCAGGUGGCCAGCCGACCUCGGCCCUUUGCAAAGGCUCCAUCGCUCUGCAACUGCUGGCGCAUGGAGGUUCCCACGGGUGUGUGAAGUGUGCACAUGGGCACACUGCACACAUGCUGGGGCUGAGCACAUGCACGUGGGGCUGGGCGUCCCCUUGCACGUGUAUGUAUGGGCAACUCUAUCUGUGAGCUUCCGUGCCCACUUCUGGGUGUGACCUACCCGUGUGUGGCCCGUGCGUCUGCACGCUCCUUCACGGGCUGGCCCGGCCCCUCCCAGGCAUGAGCCCGCCCAGGCAGUACCUCUGUCAUCAGCUUGCAGCGCACGUCAUCCGCUCACCGUCUGCUCGUAGACACAGCCAUUCAAUUACUCCGUGGCAGCUACAGGCCGUUAAGCCAUCAGUCAGCUUCAUUCCAGCCUGGUAGCCCACGAGCACGCAGUAAAACCAUUGAAACAACAGCAGCAACAAGCAGCUGCAUCCGUACCGCGUCUGUGACACUCCCGCUAGCACCUGCCUCAACGGGGAAGAGCCACUUCUUGGUUAGGAGAUGUCACACUGCACCAGCCGGAUGGACGUGCACGCUGUGGGUGUGUGGACAUACAGACAUAUGCACCUGAGCAGACGUGCGUGCACACACGGACACACACACAUGCACACACAUGUCUACACACAACACAGAUCUGGGCCCUGUAGCCACCUGCCAGGUGUCAGCUGCCCCCGGGCCCCCGGCGGCCAGUGAGGGGCCAGAGCAGGAUCAGAGAGCUCGGAGGCCUGCUGGGAGCCGCAGCAGGUGGUGAGAGGCUCCAGCCUGGGACCCCAUCCUCCCUAAGCAGCCUGCACGUGGACCCCAGCUUCUCCCACCCCAGGUCGGUGAAAUCUAUUCACACUGGAUCAAGAACAUUUUUUUAAAUUGUUUUAAACACUGAGAGCAGAAGAAAGAAGACUGGCCGGGGCCAUGUCCUCCCAGCCCAUCAGGUCUGGGCCUCCUGCAGGACUUGCCUCCUGUCCUGUCCAGGAAGUAACAACAGCAGCACCCCCCGCCCCACCGCGCCAGGAGCUGAGUGGGGUCCCUUGCAGGUGCUCCUGCCGUGUUUCAGAGCUGACACAGAUCUGCCGCCGACCUCAUGCUCUUCUGCAGCUUGCUGUGCUCGCGGACCUAAGCUCUGAGUCGCCCCGCAGAGGCCCGCCCACUCCCACGUAUCACCUUCGGAUUGCGUGGUCGUCGGCACAGGCCUCUUCCCAAAAAGACCGUACCAUGUAGACUGCCUCCAACAGACAAGACAGUGUAUCUCACCUCCAGGCAACACGGACGGACAGACUUUCAAUCUUUGCCGCGGUGCUGGAUGUGAAAUAGGAUCUCUUUAUUUUAAUUUGCAUUCCCCUAGUUGCUGCUUAGGUGGAAUAUUUUGAAUACAUUUACUGACCAUUUGAGGUUUUGUUCUGUGAAUUCCCUGUUCGUAUUCUUUGCCUAUUUCCUAUUUGGUUGGUACUUUUCUUGAUUACGUGUUGGUUAUGUGGCUUGCCUUUUAUUUUUGUUUAAUGGUAUCUAUUGAUGUGAAGAAUUUUAAAUUUUAAUGUGUUUAAAUGCAUUCAUCUUUUUUAUGGUU